AUGCGUUCGCUCGUUACACUUCUCUCAGCCCUCGUUGCUUUCACCGGCGCACUUGACCCCAUUUGCGACAGCGAGUGCCAAAGGGGCUGCGAUGCGGAAUGUCAAGCAGCGAUACAGACCACAUACGAAGCUGAAGCUGCACUUUGGGUUGGUGACAUAGUUUCCGAUUCAUUCUAUUCGACUCCGGCAAAUAUCACCGGCGGCAAACCUGGAGAUAUCCUUCGCUGGGAAGACGUCCCUGCGACACAACUUGCUUCUAACUGGACAAUUCCAGCUAGUCUAUCCCUCUCCCGCGUUCUUUACUUGACCGAGGAUAUCGAUCGGAAGCCUAUUCCCGCUUCAGCUUGGGUUCUUCUGCCGUUCACAAACCCUUUCGCUAAGCCCCAAGGCACGCCGGAAGAGAACAAGCUUCGAACCAUCGUCUGGACUCAUGGCACUGCAGGUCGCAGUAGACUCUGCGCUCCCACCAACAACAAGGGCCUCUACUACGACUGGAAAGCCCCUUUCAUUCUUGCUGAGUCUGGGUACGCUGUUGUUGCUCCGGACUACGCCGGCCAGGGUUCCGAUAUUCCGCAAGGGUUCAUGUAUGAAUCAGGCUUCCUCCACGCCGCCGAUGUCGCCUAUGCUCUCAUCGCCGCGAGAAAGGGGCUUGGUGAUGUUUUGAGCCAGAAGUGGAUGGUAUACGGACACAGUGAAGGAGGAAUGACUGCGUGGCGAACCAACGAGCGCUUGGCCAUGCCAGACCAAGAGGCUCUUUUGGCGGCCGGCGAAUUUGUGGGAUCUGUUGCUGCUGCUCCUGCGUUGCGCCCUCAAAAGCUCAUCCCGGCUUCUCUUGAGCGUGCCAAGGGUCAAGCAGCUCGGGACCCUUUCUCUGUAUACUUCCUCCAGUCCUUGUCGAAGCUGUACCCCGAACAGAUCAAGGUAGAGGAUUACCUCGGAGAGGCCCCUUUGCAGAGAAUCGGAGCACUCGAUAAGUCAUGUUUCCAAUCUGGCUUUGCCAUCGUCGGCACCUUCACUCCCGACCAGCUGUACAAGAACACCAGCUGGUUGACGCACCCCGCGACGAACGACUGGGCUAUUCGGUACAAUGGCCAGGGACCACACGCAGUCGCAGCGCCUAUGUUGGUCAUUCAGGGCUCGACGGACACAAUUACUCCAGCCGACCUAACUUUGGACGAUUUCAACCAGACUUGUUCCACCUUCCCCGAGAGUCCAGUUCAUGCCCGCGUGUAUCCUAACAUGGGGCACGGUCAAGUUCUUGAGGCUGCAAGGGCCGAUAUUGCAGCUUGGAUUGCCGCUAGGUUUGAGGGUGUUCCCGUACAAAAGUCUUGCGUCCACGAGGAUGUGAAGCCUUUCACCGAAAGAUACGCUGUUGGAGACAUCUUUUGGCAUGGAACUGCGGUACCUUUCUAG